CGCAAGCACACACACACUCUCUCUCGCUCGCACGCGCACACAAACACAUUCGCUCGCACGCAAGCGCAACACACACGAUCUCUCGCUCGCACGCAUGCAAGCGCACACACAUACGUACUCUCUCGAUGGCUCGCGCGCUUUUGAUCUCCACUCGUUCUCCUCUCUCUCGCUCUCGAAUGGGCACAUUAUACGUUCUCUCUGUCUCGCAUGUACACACAUAUAUUAACCCUCUUUCUCUUGAAUGUGCACGCACACACACAUAGAAAUAAAUAAGAUUAAAACCAAGAAUGACGUGCAGUAUUAAGAAAAUAACAGAAAUUACCUCCAUAAUUUUUUGUUGUUUCUGCGGUCCAAUUUACUGAGCUACGUGCAUUUAAGUAUAUUUAUUUAAAAUAUAUCACUUUAAUUUUAUACUACAUGUACAUGUAACCAAAAAAAACAAAAAACGUUAAGUUAUUCUCUCUCUCUCUUUCUCUUAACUCGUUCUGUAUUCUCCUUCUCGCGCACGCAUAGAUCUGCACACACGCACACACUCUGUCAUUUGCAAUUAACAGUAGUUAAAAAUGAAGUUAAUAACGUCCAAUUUUGGUGUAGUCAAAUUAAACUCCGAGGUUGAAUUGAUCCCAACUGGACCCUUCAACUUCAGCUGAAAACAAACAAUUAACGCUCCCUCAUCCCGCCCUUUUUAGGGGAACUAACUACUUCACAGUCCAGUUGCAGUUUUGUGGCGCGGAAAUAUAAUCAUAGAGACUGUACGACAUACUAGCUGGUAUCUGUUCAGUUUGGUAAGUAGAUGCAGCUGUGUUAUCAAAUUAAUCCAUAUUGUAAGAAGUGUUGCCUAGCACCUACCCCCCUCCAACCCCCACUAAGAACUAGUGUAAAUGCAUUGAAUAUGUUUUAUCGCCAGUAUAUUAGUCAUAGCAUUAUAAAGCAUGGCAUUUACACACAUGAUAAGUAAGGCAUAUUUUGAAUGUUUUAUUUAAAAAAAAUUCAGUUAUUAUAGCAUUAUAAAUAUAGAACUAAAUAUGUUGUUUUUUUUACCACUUUUGCUACUUUCGUUAUUUCAUCUAACUUAAUUAAUGGUCUCAUGUUUUAAUAUUGUCGAUAUCCAUAGUGAAUGGCUACUUUAAAGCAUACCUAUACCAUUCUCAUACUUUUCACUGACCUUUUUUAUUUAAAAUUAUUGUUACUGUUUUCCUGUUUCUUCACAUUUAGCACUAAAUAAAGUUUGUGGUACCACAAUGACUGAAUGUAUAAUUGUUUGCAUAUAUGUAUACUUUAAAAGUACAAAAUCAUGAACAGCACAAAGGAAUAUGCUUAUUUCUUUAAAUAAUUCACACAAAGUGAUGCUUUUUAAGCACCACUUAAACAUGAUAUUCAUUCUUGUUUUAGCAUGAUGGUUGAGUGCCAAGCAAGUGGUUAAGCACCAAAAAUAAAUUUUUUAAAAUUGUCAAAGACCAAAAUAUUUUAGUACCGAGCAGUUCAAGUGCUGAGAUUCCACUGGAUUGUCUUUCUCAGUAUGGUUGACAAACCUUAAAAGGGUUUGUGAGGUUUGUGUUUGGUGGGUAGUCUUAUUGCAUGUUGAUGGUACCAGCAACAAAACGGGAGUGGAGGACUGUAAUUUUUUGCAUCUGCUCAAUUUUGUGAAUGGCUCCAGCUGCUUUCUAUCACUGAGAUCUAUUUUCUAAGAGUCUGUAGACAGGAUAAAUAUGUAUUUAUCAUUUGAGAAAUGAUAUUUAAGUUCAGACCAAAUGAAAAAUUGGAAUUCUAGACUCAACAGUUAUCUAUUGUGCUGUAUUUUUGUCAUUUUGCAGAUUUGUAUCUGUAAUCAACAAUGCGUAGAAGUGGAAGAGGAAAAUGUGUUCUGUUAGGUAGUGUUUGUACUAUCAAAGACAAUGGAAGGAAGGGUAAGUCCCGUAAGGUGCGAUGUACUGUAAAGGAGUACCGAGACCUCAUGAGGUCUAUAGACUCACUACAAGGCAAUAGACCCAGCAUCAUUCAACAGGAGGAGCAUGAAGCCAGAAUCAUUCAACAGGAGGAGCAAGAACCCAGUGUAACCUUUCCACUUGAAACCAAUGAAUCUGAGGUGGCAGAACCUAGCAGCCACAAAAAAAGAGCAGUAAACGAGGCAGAAGGAUGGAGAAAAAUACGAUCUGAUCUGGUUGUUGCCCGGAUGGAAGGAUUUUGUCCUGCUUCAAACCAAUGUUCCUCAUGUGGCUCUUCUGAGGUUCCUGAAAUCAUAUGGUGUCCUGACUGUGGACCCAACACUCUGUAUUGCAUGAUGUGUAAUGAGAAUAUCCACCGCAUGGUAAUGUACCAUCAGGCGUAUGUUUGGAAAAAUGAUGUUUAUAUGUUUGUGCCCCUUAUUAAAGAAACAACCCUCAUCCAUGAACACUCAUGUGACAGCAUAUACUCUCGUCAAAUAAGAGUUUUUGAUGCAUUGGGGAGACAGCAUAAAAUAAAAUCCCAUUUCUGCCAGUGUGAGCCAGAAGCUGUUACCUUAGUUAGAAGGGGAUUAUGGCCAGCAACACCCAAACAGCCAGAAACAGCCUUCACGAUAACACUGAUGGAGCUAGGGCGAAUGCUACAGCUUGAAGGUCAAUUAUCUCUGCAAAAGUUUUGCUUUGCCUUAAAAAGAAGAACUACUUUCCUGCCUCCUCACACAACUGACUGCAGAAACCUCUACCUGGCACUGGGAAACGCACUAACUGAAUUCCAUCAUCAUCAAGUGUCGUGCCUUGAGAUGGCACAUUCUCCAGACAUUGUGGGCAAGAACUGCCCAAAACCUGAAAGGUCUGUCGUCUCUAUGGACGCUAAUUUUGGACUUGUCCACAAACUGCACUCUGGGUCUGGACCAGGACUCCAGUAUGCAAGAUUUACAGUCUUUUGUCCAGAUGACAGUGUCAGGGACUUCGUUAAUAAUCACUGCCAAGCAGUUUCAAAAUCUGUCCCUGAAUCAUCAGAGUGCUCAGACUUUCAGGCUGGUGACAUGGUUAGGGCUAAAAAUAAAAGUGCAAAUCUGGAUAUAAAAGGAGUGUUUGGCUCUGUGUGUCACCAUGGAUUUCCCCUCUAUUUUGUGAACAUGGAGCAUGGAGAAAGAUUUGCAUAUCCAGUCUAUAUUAUGAAGCAGAUUGCUUCAAGGCAGGUUGGUGCUACAAAUGAAAAGCAGAUUGUCAUGUAUGAUAUUGCCUGUAGACUGCAAGCUCAUCUUGGGUAUUCAUCAGUGAUUGUGGAAAGAAAGUAUGAUGGAAAUGCUGUGGAUUGGCUUCAUCAACUGACACAGAUUCUAGUGACAAAUGAUGAUCAAAGAGGGACUGAUCCACUGAUUGAGAAGGCCAGGAAGCUUUCUACAGAGCGUCAGCACUUGCUGGGACUGAAGAAGCGCUAUGCUGAUGGUCAGAAAAUUGCCAUGCGACUCACAAAAAGACUUCAUCUCAACACCACUAAUCUACAGGCUGUUGGCAACCAGCUACGAGAAGGGCCUCAAUAUUUUAUUUGCACAGCUUGCAGACCCUAA